AUGGCCUACGACCGCUACAUUGCCAUCUGCAGACCCCUGCACUACGAGACCCUCAUGGGCGAGAGAGCUUGUGUCAAAAUGGCAGCAGCUGCCUGGGCCAGUGGUUUUCUCAAUGCAGUGGUGCCCACUGCAAAUGUGUUUUCAGUAACAUCCUGCCAAGGCAACGUGCUGGGCCAGUUCUUCUGUGAAAUUCCCCAGAUCCUUAAGCUUUCCUGCUCAGAAUCCUACCUCAGGGAAGUUGGGGUUAUUGUGGUUAGUCUUUCUUUAGUCGUUGGGUGUUUCAUUCUCAUUGUGCUGUCCUAUGUGCAGAUCUUCACAGUCAUGCUGAGGAUCCCCUCUGAGCAGGGACAGCACAAAGCCUUUUCCAUGUGCCUCCCUCACCUGUUCGUGCUCUCCAUGUUUUUCAGCACUGCAGUGUUUGCCUGCCUGAAGCCCCUCUCCAUCUCCUCCCCAGGUCUGGAUCCAGCACUGGCCGUGCUGUACUCAGUGCUGCCUCCAACACUGAAAUCCCUCAUCUACAGCAUGAGGAACAAGGAGCGCCAGGGCACACUGAAGAAACUGAUUCAACUGGUAGUAGUUCAGCAGCAAUAA